GAAUGAUAGACAUCGAUAUUGGUAUAAGUUUCUACUUUGCUAAGUUUUAUUUGUCAGUAAAAGAAUAAUUUUAAUAGCACCAUGGACAAAAGGAGUGAAAGUCGCAAGGAAUCGACGAAUGGCAGCAAAGCGAGGGCUGUUCUGAACAGAAAUAUAAAUGACGAUCUUAAAAGGAGCACUCAGGAGGAAGGCUACGAAUUUCUACCAGUAGCUGAAAACCGCAUUGGCUUCAUAAUCGGCAGGAAAGGAAGUACAAUAAAUCAAAUACAAGAAACGUCAGGGGCAAAGAUCAGUGCUCAGUCACAAAGAGGUCGCAACGGAUUCGCUAUUCGUGAACAAUGUGAAAAUGCAGAAAAGAUAAUAAAAGAAAUCGUGACGGGUACUCAAGACAACGAAAAAGGCGGGUUCAAGAAGCUCAACGUUGACAUACCUGACAAAUUCAUGGGUGUUGUCAUUGGGAAAGGACAUGAGAAGUUGAACAAUAUCUCAACUAAGACUGGUGUAACUCUAAAAGCCUUCAGGAGCAGCCCUGGCCUGUACUUCAAAGGACCAAGAGAGGGCGAAAAAAAAGCAAUAAGAGAAAUAAAGGCCAUCGUGAAUCUUGCAAUGAAACGUUCAGAGAGUACUGAACCUUCGGCAAGGUUUGUUUUCGUGGACACUGCUCAGCUGAAAGAAAACCACGAGUUUGAGCUGCAGAAUUCGAAGCUACAAUCAGAUCAAGUCACCGACUCUGGAGAUAAGUCCUUCCAACUAAAGCUACUGGGACAUCCUCUAGGAAAGGAAACAGAUGAUUUUGCUAACACGGAAAGUCUGAAAGAAAAGAUCCGUGGAGUUUUAAAACAAAUUCACAAAGAGGAGGUGGAAGGGGGCAAGGUUAAGAUAGAAAUGAAGAGUCGUUUCGGUCACGCCUAUAUAACUAAGAUUGAUGAAGAUGAAGAGGAAGACACUUUUACCCUGAAGGAGAUCCAAGAAAAAGUUGAAUCUGCGGAUGGCAAUAGCUGGAAGCCAAUCUUCAAGGAAGGCGUCUUGAGAAUGGAAGUUGAGGCAAUUGAGAAGGACCUUGAAUCUUUCACAUCAACUGAAGAUAUCAGAUAUGACUUUGCAUUCUACACUCCUUCUUGCCGAGAUAUUGGUGUUGAGGCAUGGCUGGUGGAGGAACAUUCUGAGGACGAGGGUGCUACAGCUCCUUCGCUAAUGUUCUCUCGCAAUGCUUCUAUUCCUGUUAAAAACAUCUUAACUCGUGUGUUAACCGAAGACGAGACCAGAAGAACAUCGAACGAACCAUGCUUCCAUAUUUAUUCUCACUUUCAACAAAGAAUGAUAGCAGACAUUUUGAUGCCUUCCAAGGGAUUUGACUGCCGUUUGUCGAUAAGAACAUAUCCAAAUAUUCCGCAGACACCAGAAGCUGAAGAAGAAGACAGAAUUCUUGAAAGUUAUUUGAUGAACAUGAAGAUUGAUCAAAGUAAACUGAAGUUACCACCAACCUCCGAGCUUCCAGAUGGAUUUGAACUUUUUUACUGCCGUCGCAGUCGGAGAAGAACAUACCAGUACGAAACAACGGAUGAAGAACAGUUUGCCUUGACUGUUUGUAAAGAGCAAGCUAAAGACAUAAAUAUUGAUCACAAUGAUGUAUGGAGUUUGGACGAAACCGAAGUAAGGACGGACAUUCAUCUGUAUUGUAAAAAAUGGGAUGACGCUUUUGAUGAAGGAGACUGGAAACCAGAGCAGAUCGUUGCUAAGCUACCGACGUUCCUAAAAUUUCUGAGAAAAGUUCAGUCACUCGUGGCUCCUCAUGAAGAGGCUAUUGGAGGCGAAAGUCAGCCAAAAACAAUUGAAGAGCAGAAUUAAAUAUACGAUGCGUAUAGAGAUUAAUAACUAAAAUGUAAUAGAUUAACUAAAUGUGAAUGCUCUUCAAUCUGCGGCUCAAGAAGACGUCAUUACCAUUCUACGCAGUACGCGCUUGAUGGAAUGAUGCAACGGCACAACUUUGAGCGCCUGAUGGACAGUGGAAAACCUAUAUUCUUU